GUCAGACUCAAUGUUGCCUUUCAACAAACUCCAACAGACUUCAAGAACUCUGAAAUCACCAGCAAAACUCACCAACGUACUUUAAGAGGGGGAAUCAUCAGGAAGAGCUGCCGCUCCAAAACAAUCACAUCUGAUUUGAGAGAUUUUCUGUGAACUAUAUCAGGGUAAACUAUGACCACGCCAAGCACUCAGAGCAAAUUGCGACCCAUCCUGCUCACUGUUCUACUGCUGGGAGGCUUCAUGAUUUUUAUGUUGAUGUACGUCAAGCCAUCUUCACAAUGGUUGUAUGAGCCGGUAAAGUCUGUAGUUUGCCCUGACCAGGUCACCCCCACUACAGAGCUGGUCACCACCAACACCACCAAAGUGCAGAAGGAAGAAAAGAAGACCAUUCUGUUGGUUUGGUUGGUUCCUUUCGGACAACAAAACGACCUGAAUUUCUGCAAGUCGCAGUUCAACAUGGACUACUGCAUCAUGACCACCGAUAAGAACAUGUACAGCAAAGCAGACGGGCUUCUGUUCCAUCACCGAGACAUCAGGGGUGACUUGUCAAACCUGCCAAAGGCACAACGACCGCCACACCAGAAGUGGAUCUGGAUGAACAUGGAGUCGCCUUCCCAUUCAGGAAAUUUUAACGGUCUAGAUGAUAUGUUCAAUUUGACUCUCAAUUACCGUCGGGAUGCAGACAUCCCGGCGCGUUACGGAUACCUCGUUAAAAAAGAGAAUGAAAAGAAAUUUGAACUUCCCAACAAAAACAAGCUCAUCUGCUGGAUUGUGAGCAACUAUAACCCCAACCACGCACGGACAAAAUAUUUCAAUGAGUUGCGUCAACAUAUUGAAAUCUCUACGUUUGGACGAGGCUUUGGAAGGUACGUGUCUGAUGGGGAUUACGCCAACAUUGUGUCCAGCUGUAAGUUCUACUUAAGUUUUGAGAACUCAGUCCACACAGACUAUAUAACAGAGAAACUGUACAGACCCCUCUCUUUGGGCACAGUGCCCGUGGUCCUCGGCCCAUCCAGACAGAACUACGAGUACUUUGUUCCAAGAGACGCUUUUAUUCACACAAACGACUUCAAGUCACCCAAAGAGCUGGCCGACUACCUGCAUGUCCUGGAAAAAAACGAAACGCUGUACAUGAGGUACUUCGACUGGAAGCAGUUUUAUGAUGUGAAGGGAACAUCGUUCUGGAUAGAACACGCAUGCCGGGCUUGUGAACAUUUGAGAACGGACAAUCGGUACAACGCAUUCAGAAGCCUUCGGUCGUGGUACUGGGGAUGAUGGUACAUUUACUUUAAAGUACCACAAGAUUAAGAAGGUUACAGUAAAGAAAAAGAUUUGUCGGAUGAAAUAUUCUUAUACGAUUCAACUUGAAGUUUUUGCUAAACUGUUAAAACAUACAUAAUGUUGUUGCACUGAUUUCUUUUUUUUUUUUUAUCCACGCAAUAUAAAAGUAGAUUAAAAAUAAAUUAUAAAAUAAAAAUAUUUAUGUGAAGUAAAAAGUAAUUGAACAACUAAAUAUUUCUGCGCAAAUUAACAAAAAAUAUUUAUUUUCCCUAUGGUCGUGGUGCUGUAGAAGAGUGGUCGACCUCGGAUCAGAAAAUUUGAGGUUCGAUUCCCACCUUGCCCACCCAUGUGUCGAAGUGUCCUUGGGCAAGACACCACCAGUGUGUGACUGUGUGUGUGAAUGGGUCUGUGACUGUGAAGCGCUUUGUGCUUUCGAGGAAGGUAGAAAGUGUUUUAUAAGUACACGCCAUUUACGGCAUUCAUCAUUUAAAAAAAUUCUAAAAAGUUCAAUUUGGUGAAAAUUUUAUCUCAACUAUAAUUUAUUCUGAGAGAGGAAUAACAACUUGAUUACUUUUAAAAAGAAAACAACUAAAAAUAUAUUUAUUUAAAUUUUCAAAACGUAAUUUAGACUUAAGAUAAUUACAAACACAUCUGUUCAUUUUUUAUUUUUGUACCCGUUCGUGUGAACUUUCCAUUAUUUAGACACUCUUUUUACAUUUUUUUUUUCAGUUGGUUUACCAUUAUUUUAGGAUGUCACUGCACCUUAAAUGGGUUAUAUUAUUUAUUAUUAGUUGAACACUGAUUUUAUCAUCUGCUUGUAAGAAUGCACAAUUAGACAACAUGAUGAUAAUAACACACAUAAGUGGGAUUAACACUAAAGAAAAUGACACACAACGAAGGCGAGGAUCCAGCACUACACAAAAAGAAAUGACAUUUAUACCUCUGGGGGUGAUGAAUGUAAUGCAAGGGCAGCACCACUUACUGAAACCAAAGAAAUGAACUUGCAGUUUCUUGAGCCAAGUUUUAUUCUGUGUCAUCACUGGAGUCUAUUUUUCAGUGUCAAAGGGUCAAAGACGUUUAUCUUUAAACCUCCGACUAAUGAAGCUCACAGCUGUGUGUGUUGGCGCUCCAUCCGACUGUGAAGAAAACACCAAAGCGUACUUUUUUAUAUUUGUUGUCAUGUGUUUUUACAAGUUUUAUUACAUAAAAUAUAUUUUUAUAUAUAUAUUUUCUGGGAUGGUGGAGGAUGGUGGUGGUGGGGCCCUAUUAAACCUAUGAGAUUUUACAUCUGUGGGGGUUUCUUAUUACUUACAACUGAAUGUUUUGUGCCCAAACAGACUAAAUGAGGCACUUUGAUUUGUAUGAAGGCUUGCGGUUCGCUCCUCUCCAUUUUAGACAGCACUAUAGUGGAUUUAAAACUUCUCAGGGUUUGUUGUCACUUUUGCAGCUCAUGUAAGAAAUUAAAGUUUUUGUGUCAAGUGUGCCUCAAAGCAGCAGAAAUCAAGUGGUAAUAAUGUGACUGUAGACUGUAACAGAGGAGAGGGGAUAUUUUUCUUAAUGACUAGAGUGUUGUCUGAAAGUGUCAAAUAAAAGGUGGCAGCAACAAAUAAACCUCACAAUGGAACCAAAUUAUUUUUUUAAGCUGAUGCUGCUUAAGUAAAUUAAAGCUUUUAUCUUUGAAACAGCUGGAGACUUUUUUUUUUCAAACGAAACAAUUAAAACGUUUUCAGAAACUCUUGGAGUCUUUUCUUAUUUCAAUUGAAAUAUCACAUUUUAUACGUUUGCAAACGUGUAAAAAAAUGUAAUUUUUUGUCAAAACAUUUUUUUUUCUAUGACUGUUAUCUAAACAUCUAAUCUAAAUUUCCAGAAUAAGAUGUGCUUUUUAACAAGAAGCAGUGGUCAGAAUACAAAAAGUAUUAUUUUGAUAUAAUUAGAGUAAGUAAGAUGCUAAAAAGUCAAAAGAAGAUAAGUUGGCAGUAAUUUACUAGAUCAUGUGGCUGUAAAAAAAAUUAAAAUGUGCACAUCAGGUUGCCAUUUUCUGCAUUUUUCUUUCACUAUUAGAUAACAAAUAAUCAAUGGAUUCUGACUGUAAUUCUUUAUGUAAACUCUCUUGGCUUAUAAAAAUUGUAUUAAACCACUUUUAAUUCAAAUAAUAAUUGAUCAGUGAAACAGACAAAUUAAAAAAAAAAAAAA